AUGAAGGCUUCUUUCCAAUCUCCACUCCGUCGUUUGGGUUGUGCCAAGUAUGUGAUGCUGUCUCUGAUUCCGCUUGUCAACCAAUUGUUCCCGCUGCUGUGGACCAAAAACUACCUCGGUAUGAUCUUGUUUCGAGAUCGGCACGACUUCCCCCUCGUCACGGUCUCUUCACAGACAGGAUACAACACAUUGGAAGAAACGUAUGAUAACCGCCAGCAUCAGGAGCUCCUUCAUCUUCUCAAGAGGAACCCUAAGCCUCGUAUUCUAUUCGUUCGUGACAAUGCAGCGAAGAGCACUGAUGCCACGACCAUGCCCACCAGGCUAGGGUCAAUGUAUCGUCUUGUGUCCAACCUGAGCGACAGCAAGGUAGGGGGAAAAGCCAUCCGAUGGGAACUUCCGGGACUUCGGGAGCAACCCAAGUAUCCGCUUGUCAAAGGCUUGUGCGAAGGCAAGGGUCCCGAUUGUGUCAUACCUGAACUAUGGCUUUCGAACAGGAACAUUACGGCUUGCAAUCCCAUUCACGAAAUUGACCUAUCCAAAGGUCCUCGAAUAGUUGCGAAGGGCGGGAAGCGCUUGGUUUGGAAAGUCAGCCAACCAGUUGUCAAAAAGUACGAGACUGGUGGCAAGUUCUCAACUACCCAUAACGCAACCGUGCAACGAAAGAAACGCUUCCCCAACGUGGUCCUCUUUCGAUUGAAACCGCCGCGAGAGGAUGAUCUAGCAGCCCUCAAGAUGUUUCGUUUGAGCAGAGACAUGCCAAAUGACUUUGGACCACAGUCCAUUGACAAUCAGCACCGCGAUGCGAUGAUUCAUCAACUCUUGACUUCAUCGCCCAACAUUGUGAAUAUCUACGGUUACUGUGGAGCCUCGGCGGUGUACGACUUUGCAGAUGGAGGCAAUCUACAAGACAACAUUCUUGGUUCUACUUACAAAAAGCAAAAGAAGGGCAUGCAAGCAAAACCCGGCAGUGGACCCUUGCACGAGGACGAGCUCCUGGACGUGGCCCAUCAGAUUGCAAGUUCUUUGGCCGACCUUCAUCUCUUGAACACUCACACUGGAGAGCCCAUGAUUUCCCAUGCAGAUAUCUAUGGACCCCAAUGGGUCAAAGUACGGGGAAAAUACCAGCUCACAGACUUCAACCUGGCCAAGCUAUUGGUCCGAUCCAAGUUCAAGAAUGUCAUGUACCCUUUCACACGAGAUGUCGUGGACAACUGGUUUGCACCAGAAGUUCAUCGACAAAGAAAGGUAGCGAGGCCGAGUGUCACUUACAAGAUGGAUAUCUUUCAGCUGGGCAACAUCCUCUUCAUGUUGCUCGUGGGGAAGCCGCCAUUUGGAAAGAAGAAACGAUGGGAUGUACACAAACUCGUCACGGAACAACAGCAGCUCGUGGAUGAGAUCCCUGAUAUGAUCCGAUACAGCAGCGACGACUUUGCUCAAAUGGCACUGGUGGAGAUUAUUGAUUGGUGCCGUCAGGAGGAUCCCGACAAACGACCAACCGCGCGACAAGUCGUCAAGUUUCUCAGGCACAAGAUCGCAGUACGGGACAAGUAUGACAGCGUGCAAACCAUCAAUCAACGAGCCAAGAGAUUCCCGUCCGUGAAAGAACGGAUAAAGGUCUACAUGUCCAGUUGGUACGCUUGUCCCUGUGCUGACAAAAAGAAGCAGAAGACGAAGAAAAGCAAUGGCAUGUCUAGCCCAGCGUCUUCCUUUAUCCAGUACCAGUACGUUCCCAGCAACAAGAAGGGAGGAGGAGGACAGGAUGCCGUCUUGAUCCAAGCACCACAAACAAGCCGGGAUACCUUUUCCUAUUCCUGGAAUCGCAUUGUUAGGCUAGAACCGGGAAUACGGACGGAUGAUGCGAUGAUCAUUGUACCAGCUGCGUUGGAGGGAAGCACGAACACGUCUUCUCAUGCUGGAUUCCGGAACGAUAUCGUCCAAACACUGCUACCCUUCAUGGAGAUGUUGCAUGAUAAACCUAUCAUUUCUCAAUGGGGAGACAAGAAAUCGUUGGUGAUUUCGAGCUCGGAGGCGACCUUGGCUGACACAGACACCACUGCUACAAGAGAGAAUAGACGACCUCUGAUAUCCCUUCCUCACCUGAAGAAGUGCCGCCGUGCAUUGACCAAAGACGAGCGCAGACAAAUCACAAACAGUGGGAGCUGUUACAGCAGCGCGGACCGUCCGCACUCUGAUUUCCCAAUAGUUUGGAAGCUAGAUAGCAAUCGACUCUUGGGUUGGGUACCCUUUGUGCACAGGAAUGACAAACUCUGGACCGAGAAGCAAUCCAAGGCGGUCUGGCGUGGACGACUGACUGGUCAAGCACUGUCGGAGAAUAGGGCGGUGCUUAGGUCGGAAGUAUCGGAAAAGGAGUACUGUCGAGCUCUCAAGCGCUGCAACUUUGUCCUGCAGCACCACAACUCAACGAUGGUGGAUGCCCGGCUCAUCACGUUACAGAGCAAAAAGCUAAGCGAGAAAGUGGAUGGAGUGCCCCUCCUUGGCGACAAAAAAAGUAUGCGAGAGCUUUUGGAUUACAAGGUCCUGAUUGUAAUGGAAGGCAAUGACGUUGCUUCGGGUCUUGGUUGGUCAUUGCGCUCCAACUCGGUUGUGAUGAUGCCACGUCCUACGUUUACAUCUUGGUUGAUGGAGGAGUUACUGGAGCCCUGGGUGCACUACAUCCCUUUGAAUGACAAGCUCGACGACGUGGAGGAGAAAAUGGAAUGGAUAAGAGAAAACGAUGCCGAGGCAGAGCAAAUAGCUAUUCGUGGAAGUCUGUGGAUGGCAGAUCUUCUGGAACAUCCAAAUGUGAAGUCGGACGACGAACGGAUCUUUCGUGGCAUUCUAGAACGCUACGAGAGGUUCUUCGUCCCUUCUUGGACACUGCAGAAGCAAUAUGAUGCAAGCUCCUCCACCAUAGGUAGCUGGGACUUCUCCUGGAAUGAUCCAUAG